AUGAUGCCAAAUGGAUCAUUGCGUGCCUCCGCUCGUUUAACACCAGCAGGUCGAAUGAUGGAACCUCCAGCUCCAUUUACAGCCGCCAUGCAAUUAUAUGCUCAGCGUCGUCAGAUGCCUGGUUUUAUGUGCGCAAGGCGGGCUGCAGUGGCGGCGGCUCUACAGGAGAUGCGACGGAACUACAACAUAGAGGACUAA